AGAAUGCGCCAUCCUGUAGGAGUAUGGGGUACUGGUGGAAUUGAGAGGAGGUUUAGCCAAACUACAAGAGAAUCUUCUUUCUGACAUUUUAAGGGGAAAAUUGAAGGUGCCCAACGUUCAUAGAGGAGCCACUAUGAUACAGGAAAGGUUGAGUGGUAGAAAGAUUCUCUUGAUUCUUGAUGACGUGGAUGACAUGGACCACUUACACAAGUUAGUUGGGGCAUGUGAUUGGUUUGGUGCAGGCAGUAAAAUUAUCAUAACAACAAGGGAUAAGCAACUGUUAACUGCUCAUGAUGUUAAUUUAAUACAUGAGGUCAAGAUUUUAGAUGAUCCUGAAGCUCUUGAGCUCUUCUGUUGGCAUGCCUUCAAAAGAAGUGGGCCUCCUUUGGAUGAUUAUGUGAAACUUGCAGAACUUGCAAUACGCUAUGCUCAAGGCCUUCCUUUGGCCUUGGAAGUUCUCGGUUCUUGUCUAUGUGGUGGAAGUAUAGAUAAAUGGGAAGCUGCAUUGGAUGGUUUCAAAAGCAAGAAAAUUCAGGACGUUCUCAAAAUAAGUUACAAUGCAUUGCAUCGUAGCGUACAAGAGGUUUUCCUUGACAUCGCAUGUUUCUUUAAGGGUAAAAGUAGAAACUAUGUGACAGAAGCUUGUGAGCUAAAAACUAGAUAUGGCAUUGAUGUACUCAUACAAAAGGCCCUCAUAAGUGUUGAACAUGGAGUUUAUAUUCAGAUGCAUGACUUACUAGAAAAGAUGGGUAAGGACAUAAUUGAGCAGGAGUCGCGCAUUGAACUCGGAGAACGUAGCAGAUUGUGGUUUCAUGAAGAUGUCGAGCAUGUCCUAACUAAUAACACAGGAACAAAUAAAAUCACAGGCAUCGUGUUAAAUUUCCCCAAACAAGAUGAUGAGAUAUUCUUGAAUGUUGGCAGAAGCUUCUCGAAGAUGAAAAAUCUUAAAAUUCUCAUAAACUACAAUGUAUACCUUUUUGGAGACCCCAGUUCUAUCCCAAACAAUUUGAGAGUGCUUGAAUGGCAUGGAUGUCCGUUCCAAUAUUUUCCAGGCAAUUUUCUUCAAAAGGCACUAUUUGUGCUCAAUCCGUUCCGCAUGCGCAUCAAACAACUAGGGGAGGGGUUGAAGCAUUUGACAAAGUUGACAUCUCUGAAUUUCGAGGGAUCGAAAUUCCUAAUUGAAAUCCCCGACCUUUCCAACAGCCCAAACUUAAGGUACUUGAAUGCGAGUCGUUGUAGGAGUCUAGUCGAGGUUCAUCCAUCUAUUGGAAAUCUUGAUAAACUUGUAGUAUUGGAUUUUAGUUUCUGCAGUGAACUUACGAAGUUUCCAAAUAAAGUUAGGUUGAAAUCUCUGAAUUUUUUUGGUCUUUUCCGUUGCAUAAAGUUGGAGAGUUUCCCAGAAAUUGUAGACAAAAUGAAAUCCUUAGAUGAAUUGGACUUAGGGAUAACUGCUAUAAAAGAGUUGCCUUCAUCAAUUGGAAAUCUCAUUGGGCUGCAAAUGUUGUACUUAUCUGGAAGUGCUAUAAAAGAGUUGCCUUCAUCAAUUGGAAGUCUCAUUGGGCUGCAAGAAUUGUACUUAUCUAAAAGUGCUAUAAAAGAGUUGCCUUCAUCAAUUGGAAAUAUCAUUGGGCUGCAAAGAUUGGACUUAUCUGCAAGUGCUAUAAAAGAGUUGCCUUCAUCAAUUGAAAAUCUCAUUGGGCUGCAAAGAUUGGACUUAUCUGAAAGUGCUAUAAAAGAGUUGCCUUCAUCAAUUGGAAAUCUCAUUGGGCUGCAAGAAUUGUACUUAUCUAAAAGUGCUAUAAAAGAGUUGCCUUCAUCAAUUGGAAAUCUCAUUGGGCUGCAAAGAUUGUACUUAUCUGAAAGUGCUAUAAAAGAGUUGCCUUCAUCAAUUGGAAAUCUCAUUGGGCUGCAAAGAUUGGACUUAUCUGAAAGUGCUAUAAAAGAGUUGCCUUCAUCAAUUGGAAAUCGCAUUGGGCUGCAAGAAUUGUACUUAUCUAAAAGUGCUAUAAAAGAGUUGCCUUCAUCAAUUGGAAAUCUCAUUGGGCUGCAAAUAUUGUACUUAUCUGAAAGUGCUAUAAAAGAGUUGCCUUCAUCAAUUGGAAAUCUCAUUGGGCUGCAAAUAUUGAGCUUAUCUGAAAGUGCUAUAAAAGAAUUGCCUUCAUCAAUUGGAAAUCUCAUUGGGCUGCAAAUAUUGAGCUUAUCUGAAAGUGCUAUAAAAGAGUUGCCUUCAUCAAUUGGAAAUCUCAUUGGGCUGCAAAGAUUGUACUUAUCUAAAAGUGCUAUAAUAGAGUUGCCUUCAUCAAUUGGAAAUCUCAUUGGGCUGCAAGAAUUGAGCUUAUCUGAAAGUGCUAUAAAAGAGUUGCCUUCAUCAAUUGGAAAUCUCAUUGGGCUGCAAAUGUUGUACAUAUCUGGAAGUGCUAUAAAAGAGUUGCCUUCGUCAAUUGGAAGUCUCAUUGGGCUGCAAGAAUUGUACUUAUCUAAAAGUGAUAUAAAAGAGUUGCCUUCAUCAAUUGGAAAUCUCAUUGGGCUGCAAAGAUUGGACUUAUCUGCAAGUGCUAUAAAAGAGUUGCCUUCAUCAAUUGGAAAUCUCAUUGGGCUGCAAAGAUUGGACUUAUCUGAAAGUGCUAUAAAAGAGUUGCCUUCAUCAAUUGGAAAUCUCAUUGGGCUGCAAAGAUUGGACUUAUCUGAAAGUGCUAUAAAAGAGUUGCCUUCAUCAAUUGGAAAUCUCAUUGGGCUGCAAAGAUUGGACUUAUCUGAAAGUGCUAUAAAAGAGUUGCCUUCAUCAAUUGGAAAUCUCAUCGGGCUGCAAAGAUUGUACUUAUCUAAAAGUGCUAUAAAAGAGUUGCCUUCAUCAAUUGGAAAUCUCAUUGGGCUGCAAGAAUUGAGCUUAUCUGAAAGUGCUAUAAAAGAGUUGCCUUCAUCAAUUGGAAAUCUCAUUGGGCUGCAAAGAUUGGACUUAUCUGAAAGUGCUAUAAAAGAGUUGCCUUCAUCAAUUGGAAAUCUCAUCGGGCUGCAAGAAUUGUACUUAUCUAAAAGUGCUAUAAAAGAGUUGCCUUCAUCAAUUGGAAAUCUCAUUGGGCUGCAAAUAUUGAGCUUAUCUGAAAGUGCUAUAAAAGAGUUGCCUUCAUCAAUUGGAAAGCUCAUUGGGCUGCAAAAAUUGGACUUAUCUAAUAGUGCUAUAAAAGAGUUGCCUUCAUCAAUUGGAAAUCUCAUUGGGCUGCAAGAAUUGAGCUUAUCUGAAAGUGCUAUAAAAGAGUUGCCUUCAUCAAUUGGAAAUCUCAUUGGGUUGCAAGAAUUGUACUUAUCUAAAAGUGCUAUAAAAGAGUUGCCUUCAUCAAUUGGAAAUCUCAUUGGGCUGCAAAAAUUGGACUUAUCUCACUGCGCUUGAAUUAUUAAAUUUAGAAGGAUGUGACAACCUUGCAAAUCUGCCACAAAGUUUUAUGGGUUGCAAAAUCUGGAGCAUAUUAAUCUCAAUCGGUGCCCAAAACUUGUCACACUUCCGAACAACUUGAUCUCUGAAGUUUUAUCGAGCGCAUAAUCACUUCCU